GUUCUGUGGGGAGUGUCUCCAGCCAUGCCUGCAGGUGCCGUCUCCUCUGUGCCCACUCUGCCGCCUGCCCUUUGACCCCAAGAAAGUGGACAAGGCCUCCCAUGUGGAGAAGCAGCUGUCAUCCUACAAGGCACCCUGCCGGGGCUGCAACAAGAAGGUGACCCUGGCGAAGAUGAGAGUGCACGUGUCCUCCUGCCUGAAGGUCCAGGAGCAGAUGGCCAACUGCCCCAAGUUUGUCCCUGUGGUGCCCACAUCCCAGCCCAUCCCAAGGUGGGCAGCCUCCUGUGGGUCUGUAAGCAGCAACAUCCCCAACAGGUCCACCUUUGCCUGCCCCUACUGUGGCGCCCGCAACCUGGACCAGCAGGAGCUAGUGAAGCACUGUGUGGAGAGCCACCGCAGUGACCCAAACCGUGUGGUGUGCCCCAUCUGCUCAGCUAUGCCCUGGGGCGACCCCAGCUACAAGAGCGCCAACUUCCUGCAGCACCUGCUGCACCGGCACAAGUUCUCCUACGACACCUUUGUGGACUACAGCAUCGAUGAAGAAGCUGCCUUCCAGGCUGCCCUGGCCCUGUCUCUUUCUGAGAACUGAAGGCACAGUGGCCACGCCCAAGCCUGGGCCAGCGGAGCUGCUCUUGGCCCAAGGACCAAGAGCUUGCGGGCUGGGACGCCACCCGGCUGUCCCUCAGCUGUCAGCGACCACCUGGUCCUGGCCCGCAUCCCUGGGUCAUCGGUGCUUUGUGGGGCAGGUGCCGGCCAGCAGGACUCAGAGCAGUCGGCUGCCUCUUCCAAGCCAUGACAUUGUCCUUGCGUGAGGGCUGGGGUGCCCAGCUGAACUCCAGCAGGAGAGUGGAGGAGCAGCCCGGCGCCCCUGCCAGCCCAACCCGGCACCCGGCUAUGCUUCCACCGUGCGCAUUUGGUACUGGCUUUUGUGAUACUUAGAAACCCUCGCGUUUUUCUAUCUUAUCCCAUGUGGUAACCUUUUCACGUUUUAUAGAGCAAAGACAAAGCAGUUACACUUCAUAUUGCAAUAUCUGUGUUUGACUAGGAAGAAUAGUAUUUUUAUGGAACAUUUACAAAGUUAUAUUUUUUAGAAAAAAAAAUUCAAAAAUAAACCUUGUGUGGGACCAGAGGGCAUGAGUGGCUGGACACAGCUGGAGCCAGACAAGCUGGGGUCUCACCUGGGCCUGGUGCCCCAGGAGGUGGCAUCCCAGUCACUGUCACCACUCUUAUGAGGAUCUUGUUUGUGGCUUCUCUUUGGUGACAGCCAGGAAGGGGUCCCAGCAUCUGGCCAUGGCAGUGGCCUCCUCCUAGCUGGUCCUCACCUUGGUGGCUGCCAUCUCACCCAGAGCAGAGCUCUGGGGGUGCAGGCAGGGGCCUGUUUGGUGGUGGUCAGGCCAGAAAACACUCAUCAGUGCUCCUGUUCUGUUCAUGGCAUAAAUUAUUGCUGUCUUUUCAAAGAAUUUUCAAUAAAACAAUUCCAAGUACCUG